AUGAGCCGAGAGUGGGGCGACACAAAACCGAGGGGAGCCGAGAAUAGCCGAGAGUGGGGCAAACUUGGAGGCAGGGCGGAGGCUCACGAAGCCGAGUGUAGCCGAGUGAAACCGAGAUUAGCCGAGUGGAGCCCUGCCCGCUGCCUGCUCGCCUGUCACAUCUCUGCUGCUCAGGCUCGAGCUAGGUUGGGGAACUAGCCAUGAGCUAACGAGCAGCCAGCAAGGAAGUCUCUUUUUUUCUUUUACCCACGCCAACUGAAAAGCACGCCCGAGGCGGUCCCGAACGUGAAAGCUUCCACCAACUCCGCUAGGAUUUAAAGCUGCUGCUGAAGCUGGCAUUGUUGGUCUAAUUCAAACAGCCUUCAUUUCACAAUCGUUUCCCAUUGGAUACUCGGAGCCAUGGCGGCUGCUAAACCCAAAGGGCAGAAUUCUUUAGCCCUCCACAAAGUGAUUAUGGUGGGCAGCGGCGGCGUGGGCAAGUCGGCCCUCACGCUGCAGUUCAUGUACGACGAGUUCGUGGAAGACUACGAGCCCACCAAAGCGGACAGCUACAGGAAGAAGGUGGUGCUGGACGGCGAGGAGGUUCAGAUCGACAUUCUGGACACGGCCGGGCAGGAGGAUUACGCCGCCAUCCGUGACAACUACUUCCGCAGCGGCGAGGGCUUCCUCUGCGUUUUCUCCAUCACGGAGCUGGAGUCCUUUGCGGCCACGGUAGACUUCAGAGAGCAGAUCCUGCGAGUGAAGGAGGACGAGAACGUUCCCUUCCUGCUGGUGGGCAACAAGUCGGACCUGGACGACCGGCGGCAGGUGAACGCCGACGAGGCCAAGGCCCGCGCCGAGCAUUGGGGGGUGUGCUACGUGGAGACCUCUGCCAAAACCCGGGCCAACGUCGACAAGGUGUUCUUUGAUCUGAUGAGAGAGAUCCGGGCGAGGAAGAUGGAGGACAGCAAAGAGAAGAACGGAAAGAAGAAAAGCAAAAGUUUGGCCAAGAGAAUCCGGGAGAGGUGUUGUAUUUUAUAGUGGGCAAACAGCAACAACAACAACAAAAAAAGCCAGAGAGCUGCUUGUGUACAUAAUAUCCAUUUUUCUGAAUUUUCAUUUGAACCCUCCCCCACUCUGCUUUUGACCGUGCGUCCGUCAGGGGGAGUCAUGAGGCGGCACAGGCUCAAUAACUUUAACGUGCUCACACUCAAAAUUGUUGACGUAGACUGUCUCUUCCUCCGCCUGUUUUAAUGAAGCUGAAACAGACUUAAGCAGGCUACUCGCAUACAAACAUUUACCAUCUUAACCGAUUUUUAAAGGAGAAAUGACCCCACGCAGGAAAAAAUGAGCAAGUGUGUGCUUACUGCUCUUUUAGCCUGUUGUGCACAUUUUUUCCCUUUUUAUCUUGGGGUAUAUGUUCCAGACCCACCUGCGAUAGGGGAAACUCAACAAUAUACAGAGACCGUAAAAAAGCACCUUGUAAACAUUUAAAUGUAUUAACACACACAUUCAAUUAUACAAGUUUUCCUUAGUGCCUGUUCUGAGUCUGUCGCUGUCAAGAUAUGGGAGACUAUUGUAUAACAUCACUUUGAGGAAAAUAAGACUCAUUCGCAAAUAAGAGACCUAGCGUGCCUGCUUCAAGCUGUUUAUUUGUCACUGCCUGGUUAAGUUUACUAUAAAAGCGACACAAAAGAUAAUUAAUCAUUGUACAUUUAAACACCAAAAUGUUCUACCAAACAAACUCAUUACAAAAGUCCACUAGCUUAAUGCUAGCAUUCAAUGGGAAACUCCAUAGAAUGGGCUAACAAAUUGGCAUCAAUGUUACAAUAAUUCUACACCUUGAAGCUGCUACUUUAACACACAUGGAGCAGCAACACAUUCAAACAGAGCAUACGUGAUUCCUCAUAGGCAUAUAUAUUUCCCGUCCUGUUGGAAGGACUUCAGUUUACUAGGGGACCUUCUCGGCUUCUUCUUCUUGCACUUCAUUAUGCUACAUCUCCUCCAGGAGAGCUCAGGAUGCUCAAACUUGGCCCGGUUAUCGGUAUGCGUGUACCCUGCUUUAGCUGAAGUUGAAACUGUAAAGGUAAAAAUCAUUACCGGAACUUGGGAAUGAUCCCUAAAAAAGUGAGAAUUCAUUGGAAGAUUCAUUUAAGUCCUGCCAGGAAAAUUGAAAGAAUACUAAUAUUUAUUUCCAGCACACAUUAACACUUGAUUUUUACCGCCACCUUCGACACUAUUAACCCACAAUUAGCUUUAGGUUUUCUUCCUCCUCUUCUAUUAACUCCUCAUAUUGUAUUUCGCACAUCUGGAUUCUAACAUUUCACCUGUUUUUUUUUUUUUCUACCUCAUUUGAGAUGGACUGUCAUUAUGAUCUUUUUUUGUAUUAUUUUUAACUCUUAUUCUAUUGACUUGUGAUGAAGUAAUCUUUGGUGCUCAAACAGGCCAGCCGAGUCACGCUACGCCGGCAUCGUGAAGGUACACAAAUGAUUGCGUCCACGCCAAUUUGACCAAACUGACAAACUUUUUUUUUUAAGCACUAUAUUACGUGUCUUUGCUUUAUUUGUUUCCUAAUUGGGCUAACCUGGACUCUAUGAAUAUGGCCCACAAGAGCAUUUACAACUCUAAAAACAAACAAACAAACAAAAACCACCUCAGAAAGUGAACAGUUGAACCCGCAAAUGCUUGUAAGAUAUAAAACAUAAGACAAAGGUUCCCCAACGCUGCUGUAAAAAGCAAUUUGAAUCCCCUAUUGAAUCAGAAGCAUGCAGGACGGAUUCAGAAUGAAGAAUUCCCCUCAGUCACCAAAGAAAAGGGCAAAAGUGCCCACUUGUAUCUGAAAACAAGCUUGUGUCCAGCGCACACCGCUGCCUACUUGCUGUCAGUGUUGAAUGUCGCCCAGCACCAGUCUGACGCUGCCGAUCGACUGCUUAGCUGACCUUAUUCUCACAUUUGAAUGAAAUCCCCUAAUACAACUUCCCGCAAAAAGUUGGGAAAGUCGGCUAUUGGGUGAAAUUUCAGGAUGAACAUAAAAUGCACAACAAUCUUCACAGGCCAACUUCAUUUGACCUCUCUAAAAUCUUGAAUGUACAUCCAUCCAACUGUUGAAGGUUUCAGCACUUUUUGCACAACUUGCUGUUUGACAACAAGGAGCUGAAGGGCAAAAUUCACAACAGGUGUUGGAUCCCUGAAUGGGCUGAUACAUUUGCAGGUUCCGUAAGAAUUGAUCUGGAAACGCUCGUCUUCAUCAUUCUCUUCACGUUGACAUCAUGAGACCAAGGCGUGACACCCCAAAACGGUACCUUGCCAUCAAACAGGAAGUGGCCACUAAGCUGAAAGCGUCACACAAUGUCAUUGACAGGUCGCAACAGAGAGACUGGAAGAGUCACAGAAAGGGAUAAAAGUGGACGGCCUUGGAAAUGUAAAGGGUGAUUCGUGGAGUUAAACAUUCAUAACAGCUGUUUGAGCCAUGAACUUUUUCAACGGCGUCCACUACGAGGCCUUCCUGUGACAGAUACGCAACAGUUGGACAUGUGCAUUAAAAAAGUCCAAUUAAGUUCAUCUGUAAAGGUUCAACCUGAAAUUUUACCCGAAUCCGUCCAUCCUGAACUUUUUGUGAGUAGUCUACUUAGAACAUAUGUCAAUUUUAGCAACUAAAAAACUGCCCUCCUCACUCCCUUUCUUUGCUGUUAACUGAGCCACAGCCUUUCUUACCUUGAGACCAAUUACACAAUAACAGGAUGGCCACUAUGGGAGUCUAUGCAACAACAAUAACAACCACAAAAACUGCAACGCACGGAACCACGUUUUCCUUUGCAGUUCAUCUUUCAAAUCCUCCCCGUGUUCCGCCGCUUCUUUAUUGCACUCAUGUCAUGAAAAUGCAAAAGAAUGCCCGUGGUAUGUAUUUAUUGAAAAGCACACACACUGGUGAGAGUGUUUUCAGCUUUUACGUGUUGAGGUGAAGCUAAUAUGUUAGCAAGUGGAUGAAAGAGGGCCAAAGUAUGAUAUUUUUCAUUUAAGGGCUAACCUCCAGCACACCACACGCCCCUCGACAGAGAAAAAUGUCUACUUUUGAAUUGUAAGGAAAGAGUAGUGUACCGCCUGCAUCUUCACAGUGUGAUCUCAUUGCUAAAACUACAAAAAAUAAAGUAAAAUAACAAACAACCACCGUAGUGCUUGCUAUCAUUGGCUUAACAGUUGAAUCAUUGUUUGGGGUGGGGGGGUGAAGCAGAUAUCCACCGCGAGUUUAUUUCUCUUGAAAGUUUUGUGAGACAGCAGAUUCAAAUAAAUUGUUUUGCCUUUUUCUAUUAAUGCUAUAACAAAGAAAACAAUAUAGUCUAUAUCUAUGUUUGGUUGGGUGGUGGGGAUGUUUGCCAUGGUUGAAAUGCUACCUUCAUGUUUACUUCCUUUUUUGAAACAUAACCACUAAUGUAGCCAAUACCCGUCUGUGAGUGUCAAGAGGUGAUGCUUACAUUUCAAUUUUGGUGUGCGUGCGUGCGUGUGUGUGUGUGUGUUGUUUGGAAAUGGCAAAUAAAGUUGAUGUGACUAAUGGUAA